AUCCUUCCGUGUCUUUUGUAGAGCGACCAAAAUACGUUCACGUAGGAGAAGGCGGAGAUCAUUAUGUUGUCAUCGGCAGAAAAUGAUGGAACGCCAAUGGGCACUGGUUUUUUACGCUUGAGAAAAGCGCUUUUACCUCAUCUAUGUCUGAAAGCCUAUGUGGAGUUUACCGGCGAAUUCGAGCAAGGAAGGCCCAGCGUUUCUGAUUCACAAGGCAGAGACGAUGUGAGCUGAAUGGACCCCGUUGACCGACCGGAACACUCGAGUUCGACGUUCACCGAAACCCAAUAAGCCUCGCAACUUAACAGCCAUGUCUGUUUCUACGGUUUUGGCGAAGGCGCUCUUUGACAACACGGCAGAGAGCCCAGAGGAACUGGCUUUCAGGAAGGGGGACAUCCUGAUGGUUUUGGAGCAGGAGCAGAGCGGCGGGCCCGGCUGGUGGCUCUGCUCCCUGCACGGCCGUCAGGGCAUCGCUCCGGCCAAUCGUCUGCGCCUCCUCCAGACCGCUCCGGCCCCCAGCUCGGACUCCGUGUACUUGUCCCCCGGUCCACCGCUGUUGCGCGGUAGCGUGGACGACGCAGAGGCCGUGUACCGCUCCCCACCGGCCGCGGGCGAAAGCAGAGGAGACGGAACGGCAUCAAGACCUGGUGAGCUUCGCAAGGCGGACGUCGGUCGUCCGCGCUCACACUCCAGUUCCGGAUCCCGACCCAGGCCCGACUGGGAAAUCGGAGUUGCAAGUCGCCCACGCUCCCCUUCUUUAAGAGGACGGGGCAUGGAUAUGAGCGGAGCUCUCUAUCAGACUCCGGUGAGCCCCCUGCCCUCAUCCGCUCAGCAUGCCCGGCAGCCGGGAGCGCAAAUGGCUCCAGAGUCUGUCUACCUCUCCCCAAGCGGAGUUGCAAGAGUGGAUGAUGAUUCCGAGGACACCACAUAUCUGGUCCCUCGGGAAACGCUAACCACGGGACCCUCUGAUGACUGUUACUUGGUGCCAAAAGGAACACCACUUGCCGGUGAGGAUGUUUACCAAACCCCAACGGGAGGAGUUCUGGCCGCCUGCCCUCAUGGCCCCUCAUCAGUCAGCGGAACUCAUCAGUCGAAAGUGGGUCAGGACAUUCCUGGGAUGUACCAAACCCCCUCUUCUGUGGCGGUCAGCCUUCAAAGAACUUUAUCGUCCCCCGCCCAAGCGCCUCCUAGGCCCCUCCUAAAGGGCCCGUCAUCCAACCCUGCUGUAGCCAGAGGCAAACCGGGGCUCGCCUGCCCCCGGGGGUCCCCUUUGCUGGUUCGAGCCGCCCACCCUCGAGUUCCCGGGUCACCGAAUUUCACCCGGAAGCCCCCACCGCCGGCUCCCCCCGUGCGAGGAGUCACGCGGAAAGACGGGCAGCUGUCGGCACCUAUGUCAGGUGAUUGCGCUGUGGCCCCCAACCCGGGAUCUCAAGCACACGAGGUGAACAGGCAGACGAGUCAGGACCCGGAGAAAGGCGGCAGCGCACACAACAGCAAAGCGGAAAUCCAAGAUUAUGCAGAUCCUGUGAACGACCAGGUAUACGACACACCACCCAGCAGCCGGUGGCAGCGCGCCACGCCAACGGUCCUCAGCAACGGCGGCGACGGCAUCUAUGACACGCCUCGCACCGUCCCCCCACAUGUUGACUCGGAGACGGAGGUGUAUGACGUCCCCACCAUAACGCUGAACGGCUCCACAUCAGAAGCCCAACCAGGCACCGCCGCACCGGCCGACACGGACGACGUCUACAGUGUGCCCACUCUUCCGGGCGUGCCUGGGGGUCCCAGCCUUUCCGGGGAGGAGGCGAGCCAGAACGGUCAAACUUACUGCGUCGCAAGCUCCGAAAAGCGAGCAAGCGCAGGUGACCAGCAGCGGGACUCCCCUGACUGCGGGGUCUACGACAUGCCCGCCCUGAACGCGGACGCCCUUCCCCACUCGUCGUCGUCUUCCUCCACCUCCACUCGCCGUCUCUCCGUGUCCAGCAACGGGUCCGGGGACGUCCAGUGGAGGGCCUCGCUCUCCAGCCUUGUCCACGCCGUGCUGAGCGCCACUUCCUGCUCGCCCACCGCUCUGUUGUCUCGGGAUCUGGCCACGUCGCUCGCCGAAAUCCUGUCCACGUGGAAAGCCAGCCACUCCGGGGACCCUCCCCCGCCCCUUCAGCAGGCUUGGGCCCGCCUCUCGGACCUGCUGCCCGCGUUAUCGGCCAUCGGCGGUGCCCCUCCGUCGGAAGGUCUCCUUUCCCUGGUCCAGCGCUCCCUGGAGGAAAGCGCCCUCCUCUUGCAGUCUCAGGGUCGCCCCCGACUGCCUUCCCAGGAGUCUUUGUCCCGCAGGCCGCUGCCCGCUCUCCCGGUAUUGGACGGCAAGUCACCCGGAGGCGGAAUGGGCUCCCGGAAGAGCAGCUGGAUUCAAGAAAGGCCUCUGCCCCCGACUCCUCAGCCGGCCUUCCCCGUGCCUCCCGCCUUGGCCACGGUGACACUCGCAGUCGGCCACAGCAACGGAGAAGAAGAUCCGAGCAACGAAUACGCCGGGAUUGGCUUGACACCCGUCCCGGCCCUGGUCCCUAAUGGUGACAGUGUUGGAUAUGUGAAGUUGCAGGGAAAACCGGAGCUCCCCCUGGCUCAGAACGGACAAACGAUCACCUCAGAGCCGAGGCUGACGCCGUCGCCUCCGCUGCCGGUGUCCCUGUCGCUGGAGGAUUCGGAGCUGCUGUGCUUCUACUCGUCGCAGAGCCUCGCUCACCUGUCCUGCCUGGCCGACGCCAUCGACGUGCUCUUCACCAGCGUGCGGGGCAACCAGCCGCCGCGCAUCUUCGUGGCGCGCGGCAAGAGCCUCAUCGUGACGGCGCACAAGCUGGUGUUCAUCGGCGACACGCUCUCCCGCCUCCUCACCUCCGGCGACCUCCGCGCCAAGAUCACAACCUCCGGGGGUCGCCUUUGCCAGGCCUUGAAGGCGGUGGUCGUGGCGACAAAGGGCGCGGCGCAAAACUACCCGUCGGUGUCGGCGUCUCAGGAGAUGGUGGACCGGGUGGCCGAGCUCUCUCAGCAGGCCGCCGGCUUCUCCGCUCUGCUCCAGCGCCUGGCCGAGAUCUCCUCGUGAUGUUUUGGAACGGCCGCGGGAAAAGCCUUGUUGACGCCACACGCCGUCUUUCUCUCUCUCUCUUGGAAAAUGCCUUAUUUUGUGAUGACACUUUUUUGGGGGGGGCGGUUGUUAUCUUCAGUUUCGUGGCUCGACUUUGCCCUUUCCCCUCUUGUGCGUCUUAACUUAUCAAGGACCAGAAGCUGCUCUUUGGAGCUUUGCUUUCAAAUCUAUCGUUCCCUACCGAUUUUAAGUAUCAGAGGUGGGGGAGACUGAAGUUUAUGAACAACUCCGUUAGGCUUGAACGACUCGACCUGACGAGUCUGUUUACAUUCAGGAAUCUGCAGUUUUCAGGUCGACUCACAUUUGUUUUGUGUGAAGAAAAGCGAUGCUACGUAGCACAACCUAGCCGUAAGCUGUGACGUGAAGCGCACGCUCAAAUCCGGUCUGAAAAAAAAACCAAAAUAACAAUUAAAACAGUCAUGAAAUGAGGAGUACAAUCCUCAAUUCAAGCAGAACGAUCUGCCAAUACGAAGGAAAGUUGUCUUGAA